AUGCAGGAUGCUUUCACAACACAUGAAAUUCCAUGGAAUAACUGUGUCAGUUUUGGAGUGGACAACACCUCUGUCAAUAUGGGUUGCAGAAAUUCCAUCAAGUCUCGAGUUUUGGAUAUGAACCCAGCGAUCUAUAUUGUGGGUUGUCCCUGUCACGUUGUGCACAAUACAGCUUUAAAAGUAGCCAACGCUUUUGAGGAAGUAAGUAUGCAUAUGCUCUUUUUCGAAACUGCUUGUAGCAGGAAAUAAUCUCAUUGCGCUGAUAUUUAGUAUAUAUGUUGUAAUUACAAGCAAACUUUUAUUAUUCUUUGCAGACAUCUAGAUUUAAUGUUGAAGAUACGGUUAUCAAUAUCUACUACUGGUUUGACAAGAGCACAAAACGAAAAGCUUCUCUGA